AUUGGCGUGGUUUAGCCUUGGCUGUGAGUGACACUGGGUAAUAUGAUUUGCGCUAGCUUGUGAGUGACACUGGGUAUGAUUUGCUCUAGGUUGUGUGUGACCCUCGGUAUGAUUUGCUCUAGGUUGUGAUUGACACUGGGUAUGAUUUGCUCUAGGUUAUGAGUGACACUGGGUAUGAUUUGCUCUAGGUUAUGAGUGACACUGGGUAUGAUUUGCUCUAGGUUAUGAGUGACACUGGGUAUGAUUUGCUCUAGGUUGUGAGUGACACUGGAUAUGAUUUGCUCUACCUUGAGUGAGUGGGCGGGGAGUAAGAGUGAGUAGGCGGGGCCUGUAAGUGACAAGGCGGUGCUCCGUUGUGCAGUGUGCGGCUUCCGGUUGUGUCCCGGGUAGUACUAGUGAGUGUCCCGCAGCUGCAGAAUCACUAGGUCCGGCCGCUGAGUGCCGGUGCUUCCGCUCGUUGUGCCUAGAACCCGUCGGGUCAAUGAGCCGCUUGCCAAGCCCAUCGUCAGGCCCGGGCCCAUGGACACCAGCGAGCUGUUCAGCAGCUGCAGGAAAGGAGACAUCUUCCGUGUGCGACACCUUGUGGAGCAGAGAGACGUGGAACUGAAUGUACGUGAUAAGUGGGACAGCACACCCCUGUACUAUGCCUGUCUCUGUGGGCAUGAAGAGCUUGUGCGCUACCUUCUAGCUAAUGGCGCUAAGUGUGAGGUGAACACGUUUGAUGGCGAGCGUUGUUUAUAUGGAGCUCUGAAUGACACCAUUCGCAGGGUGCUGAAGGAGUACAAACAGGUCACUUCCAGAUGUAUGCAGAGAGAUUACUACGAUGAUUUCCUGCAGAGACUCCUGGAGCAGGAAUUCAGUAGUGAUACCACCUUCAUAGUGCAUGGGGAGUCUUUUGGUGCGCACAGAUGUGUCCUCAGUGCACGCAGCCCGUACUUUGCAGAAAUGUUUGAGACCAAGUGGAAAGGAAAGAAAGUCAUUGCUCUGAAACACCCGCUGAUAAACCCAGCUGCGUUUGGCUCUAUACUACAGUAUUUAUACACAGGCCGCUUAGACAUAAACGUGGAGCAUGUGGAAGACUGUAAGAGGCUAGCCAAGCAGUGUCGGCUGCAGGAUCUGAUCGAGGAGCUGGAAGACAAGUGUAAAAAGGUGUACGAGUUUGUGUCUUCCAAGCCGGGGACUUGUGUGAAAGUUCUGACCAUCGAGCCCUCUGGGAACUGUCGGCUGCAGGAGGAUAUGGCAAUUCUAGCAGACUGUGCGCUGCCGAAUGAGCUCCGGGUGGGGUUUGGAGAGCUUCCUUUUGACAGCACUGAUAAUUUCAACAGUUAUCCUGAUGUUUGCUUCCAAAUCUCUGGCUACAACUUUCUGUGCCACAAGUCCUUUUUCUGCGGCCGGAGUGACUACUUUAAGGCGCUGCUGGUGGAUCACUUCUGUGAGAGUCAGGAGCUGGAGGAGCAGCCUAGUAUCCCAGUGAUCACCUUGCACAACAUUGCUGACGAGACGUUCCUGCGAGUCCUGUAUUACAUCUACAGCGAUGACACUGAGCUGUCCUCAGAGAAUGUGUACGAGGUUCUAUGCGUGGCCGAUAUGUAUCUGCUCCCUGGGCUUAAGCGCCUGUGUGGAAAGACCCUGGCCCAGAUGCUGGAUGAGGACAGUGUCGUUGGCAUCUGGAAAAUAGCAAAGCUUUUCCAAUUGAGUCGCUUGGAGGACCAGAGCACGGAAUUCAUGGCUCGUAUUGUUGAGAAGCUAGUGGAUUCAGAGGAGUUCGCCAGCACAGUGCGUGAGGAUGCGGAGGCCGUAGAGCAGCGCCAGGAGACGGAUUCCAUCCCUCUGAUCGAUGACAUUCGCUUUCACAUCACUAGUAAUGUUCAGACCUACAGUGCGAUUGAGGAGGCCAACCAGAAGCUGGAAGCUCUGGAGAAGCUACUGGCCCGUUUGGGUUUGGAAUGCUGAGCUCUGUGUGGGCAGGAACAGAACUACAUUAUCCGCUUUGCUAUCAGUCAUAGAGUGCGUUUCACUGCUAAAUAUCCGUAACUGUUUCCUGAGUGACAUCAGAUUAAGUAUCUGCAUUAAUAGAAUGUUUGCAAAUCGUAUUAAACCAGCAGCUACCUGUUCUGCCUGUACUAUGCACCCUGCCUGUGUGCUGUGGCUUUCUGCGCUUAGGGGCUCAGUCUGUCUCUUGUUACGCUGCAGGUUUUCUCAACUUCUGUAAAACUUGCACAACUCCUGAACCCGUCUCAUAUUGGGACAAUACUGUAAGUUAUUAAACAUCUGCAGUUAGAAUUAUUUAUUUCUCCCCUGAUGUGUAUAUGUCCAAUUCUUCCAAGGUGACUAAACAGCUGAGCUGCAGAUUAGGCCUUUAGUAAUUUAUAGGGAGAAGUGUUGUUUGUUAGGUUUCAGGGAUGGGGAAUUAUUUUGUAUGUCUCCUCAGGUUUGAAAUAGACUUCAAACACAAUGCAGAAUAAUGUAUAUCCUUUAACCCCUUGCCUACCAGAGAGGGCUGAAAAUCAAUGUAUGUAGUGGUUCCCUGGCCACUAAGUGGUUAACCCUUUACUGCCUCAUUGUCACUAACAUUAAAUAAUGAAUUUGUAAAGUAAGAUUAUAAUUCUUAUACUUCAUUGGACUCUUUCAUUGCUUUAAUUUGUUCCCUGUGUUUUUGCUUGAAUUACAUUAAUUGCGUUCGACUGACAACAGUGACCAGGUAGACAAGGGCAGACUAAUAUAUAUCCCAGUGACUCAUGAAUGAGAUACCUGCAUAUAAAUAUCUUACGUAAACCGCAGUCUGCAGCUAUCUCGCUAGAGACUCCUACAGUAAAUUUAUUUUUUCAUGAUAGAAAGAAAAACCUUCCGUAUCAGCGCUGAAGUAAAAUGCUCCAGAAAAUUGUGUUCUACAUCAUAGUGACCAAUAUUUAUUUUACCUUCCAUUGAUUGAUUUGUAGCAUUUUUAGUGAUUUGAUGGUUUGUUUAUAGGUUAGACACCAGCCAGUACAUACAAAUGUGCAUCAUUGCUUUGAGAAAGUCUCAUAGGAUGAUACGGCGUAUGUUACAGCUCAGCAAUUUAACACCUGUAUGAUUUUUGUUUUUAUUAUAAUUUUUGUGUCUGCAGGGAACGGAAUAAAUGUUCAAUAAGUCACCUGAAGUGCCUUUAGAAGAGGCCAUAUUGUACUGGUGUAAAAAUGUAUUUCCCGGUUUACUUUGUUAAUCUGUGUAAGUUGCUAAUGUUUUGGUGUUUGCUUGUAUUGCACUUUACUACACAAGACUCGGCUACAGCUCAAGUAUUGGCAUUGAGGACUGUAUACUGCUAGAUAAUAAAUCCAAUGAGUGUAAACGGCUUUGUGAACAAUGAAUCAGACAAGCCCUUUAAAGGGACAUUUAUUUUAUUAAUGCAUCAGCAAUGAAUCUCCGCACAAGAUCUACCUAAAAUAAAUGUUUUAAAAUCAUCUGUUACUUUGUAACAACAAUUUGUAUUGUAUUGUGUAAUCCAGGGAGAAAACCAUAAAAAGCCUUUUUAGUGUGUUUGUUUUAUUUAAUCUGCUGCUAAUUAGGAACUGCUAUACACGAGCUGAUGCACUGAUCAGCCAAUCACAGUGCACCAUGUAGGAGUGUCAGGGUUCCCCAGAAUGCAGUGCGGCGGGUCUGGGGAGUGGAAAACGAUGCUUUUCAGAUUUAAAUUAGAGGAUAAACGGGUAAAAAUAAAAAAUGUAAUUGUAUUGCAGAGGUGCUUCGUUGCAUUAUUAACAUUUUAUGGGGGAUUUACAAUUUUAGUUUAAUGUCCAUUUAAAGGGAUAUUAAACCCCAAAAUAUUCUUUUAUGAUUCAGAUAGAACAUACAAUUUUAAACAACUUUCCAAUUUAAUUCUAUUUUCAAAUUUUCUUCAUUCUCUUGUUAUCAAUUGGUGAAAGAACAGCAUUGCACUAAUGACAAGAAGCUGAAAAUAUCUAGUUAGCCAAUCACAAGAGACAAAUGUGUGCAGGCACCAAUUAGCAGCAGCUCCCACUAGUGCAAGAAAUGUGCGUAUUCAUUUUAUUAACAAGGGAUACUAAGAGAACAAAGCACAUUUGAAAAUAGAAGUGAAUUUAAAAGUCUUAAAAUGACCUGCUCUAUCUGAAUCAUGCAAGUUUAAUUGCAUGACUCAGAUAUAUGCAAUCGUUUCCAAAGUUAAAUAUUAAAGCAAAACUUGUCUUGACAUUUAUUAAUCCCCUACAAACAAUGAGACACCUUGACAUAAACUGUUUGUUUUUUAAACAAAACAUUAUGCUAAUUUUGGUUCAUCCUGCCCAGCGCCUCAGUAUUGGGUGCACUUGUACUAAUGCAGUUAUCAGUAUUAAUUUAUUAGGAAUAGUAAAUACCAGAACACUUGAUUCCUCUGACCUGCUGCCUAGUGAUAGAAAGUUCUUCUCUUACGUUUUGUACAAUGAUAAAAUGCCCAAGAAACCAGCUUUGUCACAAAUUGAUAGCGGUGAAAUCAUAGAUAGAAUAGAUUUGUUAAUAAAAAUGUUUCUAUUUAAUUAAUAAUAUAUCAUCCCACUAACACUUUUUAAAAAAAAUAAAAGCGAUGACAGCUGCACCAAAUGUUUAAUAGACAUUGGCAUCUGUGCAAUAUGCUUUCAUCUAGACCACAGGACUCAGACCCUCAGCUGUUCCUUAGGUGGGUUAUGGGCGCAAGCGAUAAAGUAUAAAUAAGCUGUGACAUGAGAUGCAGGCACAUGUCACCUUGUAUUGAAAUGAAAUAUACAGGGAUGGUGCUAUGUAACCUUUACCCAGUAAGUGGGCACUACCCCCCCCCCCCCCUGGAAAUCUGCUGUCCUGGGAAGCUGAUCAAAGAUUUAAACCCUUAAUAUAUUAUGUUUGUCUUAUUUUAUUGUGUCUCAAAACAAACUUGUGUCGUGCACCAGUCUAACCAGGAAAGAUGUGGUUAACGGUCUUUACAUUUUUAAAUAUCUCUUAAGAUAUAAAUUGUUUGCAGCAAUAAUAAAAAGGAGCGUGUGUGCAAGUUG